CGUUGCUUGACGCAGCAUAUAUCACCACGUUCUUCCACCUGCCGUCCAUCACGACAGGCCGCGCUUUCCCCCGCGGUGCUGGCGAUACGUAAUGGGGAUCUCUUGCUCUCGCGACCACAGCCGCGGCCCACACCACAACAAGUUCCAUCAGAUGACCGACAGGCGCAGCAAAAUUACCAGCUCCUCGUCCGCGGAUGCACUUUCACCGCCAUGUUUCCGGACUCGUCGAGUCGAUGACGAUCGCGAACAAUUGGAGGCUGUGGCGUCAUCCGUCACACAGGAACGAAGACGGCGACUAAAUCUCUCAAGCCGUAGUUGGGAACCAACCGACCAAUACCUGCCUAGCCCUGUGGUGCGCGACUACGCGGCGGUAUCCACACAGAACAGUCAAUUUAGGAAGCAUAUGGAGGACGAGUGUGUCGCUAUCCCCAAGUACACUGCCUUUCCGGACGAUCCGGCCGUUAGCUCUUUCUUCGGCGUUUACGACGGUCAUGGAGGAGACUUUUGCGCUAAGUAUGCCGCCAAAUACUUCCACCAAAAGCUGGCGGAGCUCAUGCAAGACAAAUACAGCGCUAAGAGAAGACGAUCUUCCGAUGCUGAAAGUACUAGUAGUAGCAACCGCAGCAACGUUACAUCUACCAGCAGUAUGGAUGAUUGCUCUGAUGUGGAGGCGGAUGUAUUAAGUAACGCCGAGAUCGAGAGCUGCUAUGCCCAGGCCUUUUCGUCACUUGACAAGGAGCUCGAGGACUUCGACGAGUCGUCUGAGAGCGGCUCCACGGCCGUCACCUGCCUUAUCCGCAAGUACAAUGGUCGUACGACCUUCCACAUGGCCAAUGUUGGCGAUUCCCGUGCCAUUUUCUACUGCGACGGCCAGACGUCGCGGCUAUCUGUUGACCACAAGGCUACGAAUGUGGAUGAGAUCAAGCGAAUCCGCGCGCUCAAUGGUAUCAUUGUCAACAAGCGUGUGGCCGGCUCCAUUUCCGUCACGCGUGCUCUGGGCCAGGCAGACGAGAAGAAGUUUAUCACGAGUGCACCGCAUAUCGCAUCAUUGGAGAUUGCGUCGGAUGACGCUUUCCUUGUUUUGGUGAGCGACGGCGUCACAGACGUCUUCUGCGACGAAGAAUUGACAGAAUUUGUCUCCAAGCGCCUCGCGCAGGGCGAGAAGUCCAUCACCAUUGGCAAAAUGCUGUUAGACGAGGCUAAGGCGCAAGGAUCCAUGGACAACAUGACUGCCGUCAUAAUCUGUUUCGGGGAGUGAGCUGUCGAAGCCAAGCUGCCAGUUUGCCUUCAACAACAAGUAGAGCUAGUAACUAAGGCCGUUUCGAGCCACUAAUUAUUUGUAAAGCUUGCAAAGAU